UACAGUAUUUUGUGGCUAUUCGUGUCAGUUCGUAGCCACUGCCUUAUCACCGAUAGAUAACUCUCACCGGUGGAUACUGUAUCUAGCGUUAACUUUCUCCGGCGUGGACCUGGGUCGGCUGCGACAGUGGCCCCGCGGCGGCCGCUGCUCUGCGUGGCGGUUUCCGGUGUCCGUCCGUCUGCAGGAGGAUGGCGUCUGCUCUCAGCUGCAUCCCCUCAGCCGCCGGUCCUCCGAUUCCCUGUUACACCGAAGAAAGCUGGCUCCUAGCAGUAGGCGGCGGCAGGAUCGACAUAUAAGAAGCUCAGGUGCCACGGAAUUGAGGGAACUCACUUCAAAUUGCUGGUUGCUGUCUUAACCUGCAUCAAACAGAGAAACCUCGUCCAUCUCCCGAGGUCUUAAAUCUUAAGCAUAAAGAUUUCGAGGAUGACGGAGGCGUGGCAGCAGCAGCAGCAACACACUGUGGCUCCACCUUCUGUGGUGCACACGCUUCCCCCUGGGACUGACCAGUCUCUCGGCUGUGCAGUGUAUGGAGUCGUCCUGCAACCAGAUUCCUCCCUGCAGCAGCAUGCUGUGCAAGCCCAGCAGGCCUCGCUGCAGGUCGGGGCAGACAGAGGGCACAAGUGUGGUGCUUGUGGCCAUGAUAUAUCUCACCUGGCCAAUCCCCACGAACAUCAGUGUAUGGUGACUCAGGAUCGGUCCUUCCAGUGCACCCAGUGUAUGAAGAUCUUCAGCCAGGCAACAGAUCUCCUGGAGCAUCAGUGCGUGCAGGUGGAGCAGAAACCUUUUGUGUGCGGGGUCUGCAAGAUGGGAUUCUCGUUGCUCACCUCUCUAGCACAGCAUCACAAUUCGCACGGCAAUGGGAAUAACCCGAUGAAGUGCUCCAUCUGCGAGAAGACUUACCGGCCCGGUUCUGGAAAUGUGACGCCGACGUCGUCUGCUGCCAAUCCACAGCAGCCGUCUACUGGCGAGACCUCCGGUGGUGGUGCUGCGAUCAGUGCCUCGUCCCCGCCUGCUUUCGAGGCCUCUGCGCCAGACAGGCCGUAUAAGUGCUCCGUGUGCCACAAGGCCUUCCGGCAUUUGUCCGAGCUGACACGCCACGAGAGAGUGCACACAGGUGAAAAGCCAUACAAAUGUGACACUUGCGACAAAAGCUUCAGCCAGUCCUCCCACCUGGCGCAUCACCAGCGCACCCACAGCUCGGAGAGACCCUACAAGUGUGCCGUCUGUGAGAAAACCUUUAAACACAGAUCUCACCUUGUGCGCCAUAUGUACGCUCAUUCAGGUGAGCACCUCUUCAAGUGCAAUUUAUGUGAAAUGCAUUUUAAAGAGUCGUCAGAGCUUCUUCAUCACCAAUGCCAACCGGAGGGUGAGAGGCCCUUCCGCUGCGGGUCGUGUGGAAAGAGCUUCAAGCGUCCCUCUGACUUGCGGCAGCAUGAGCGCACUCACUCAGAGGAGCGACCCUUCCAGUGUGAGGAGUGCCAGAUGAGCUUCAAGCAACAGUAUGCUCUGGUACGCCAUAGACGCACUCAUAAAAACCCGGCAGAUCGGCCGUUCAAGUGCAACCUUUGUGACAAAGGAUUCCUCCAGCCGUCCCACCUGCUUUACCACCAACAAGUGCAUGGCAUGGAAAGCAUGUUCAAGUGUGCCUCUUGUCAAAAGUCUUUCAGUCAAUCAGGAGAACUGCUGCGGCACAAGUGUGGUGGGGAAGUGGAGAAGCCCUACAAGUGUGACGUAUGUGGCAAAGGCUAUAAAAAGAAUUCGACUUUGCAGCGCCACCAGAACUCUCAUUGCACAGAGAAGCCGCUGAAAUGCUCACUGUGUGACAAGCGCUUUGUCUCAUCGUCUGAGUUUGUCCAGCAUCGCUGCGACCCAACCAGAGAAAAACCUCUGAAAUGUCCAGAUUGCGAAAAGCGCUUCAGGUAUUCAUCUGAGCUGCAGCGUCAUCGUCGUGUUCAUACCGGAGAGAAGCCCUUCAAAUGUGCCAGCUGUGACAAGAGCUUCAAACAACGUGAGCACCUGGCGAAGCAUCAGAGCGUGCACUCACGGGAGACGCAGUUUAAAUGUGUAUGGUGCGGGGAGCGUUUUGUUGACUUGUCUGCUCUGCAGGAGCACACAGUUCAGCACACGGCUGAAGGAGAGGGUUUUGCUGAAGAUCCCUGUAUCCAAUGAACAUUCAGUCCUCAGUCUUAGGUGGGAAUCAAGAAUUUGACCUCAAAACAUGUGCCAGCCACAUAUAACCCCGAUUAGUUUUCCACUCCUCUUGUCUGUUAUCUGAAUUUUACUGUCUGUAUUCAUGAGACUGUACACCUUCACCCUUCUUUUAAUACAAGGCAACACCUUUAGGUAGACAAGUAGUAUAUUACAUAUUAACUUAGUUUAAAAUUGUGGUUCGAUAACUUGAAUGGGAGGGGAAGGCUUUUGAUGUAAAAAUGUGAAAAAAAACCUAUGUUUUUCAUUUGUUUUUGUUUGUUUGUUUUUUACAGAGUGCGGCAUUUUAUGUGUUUUGCAUGUGAUGGUCUGUUUUGUAGUCCUUGAGUUGAAGGUUGACAAGAAAUCAUCAGAAAUGUUACUUUUUUUUCCACAGUUAAGUUUCUCUUAAAUCCAUGUGCCUUUAUUUUUACCUGUCACUCACACUUGUGUUUAAAAAAAUAAUAAUUUAAUAUCUGGUUAAGCCGAUACCCUCCUGUCCAUUCUCAGCGGUUGGCCUGUGCAGCAGUAUCUUUUUACACAAUAGGCAUUGUUGAGUACGUCCUUUGUGCAUGAAUAUUUAUAUCUUUAAUAUCAAUAUUGUAUAAUAGAUUUGGGUUAGGAAGAAAAAAAUCUGCAUAAAACAAGUGGAAUUGUGAAAGUUGUUUAGCCAGUGUCUGAUGAAAUAUGUGUUGUUGCAUCUUUGUAUUAAAAAUAAUGACAUCUAGGUAACAAACGGAUACCUAUCAUGCCAUGUAAACACUUGACAUGUGCAAUAGAACAUGCACAAUGUAAUAUUCAUGACUACUGAUAAUGGCUUAGUCUACUCGGUUAUAUUACAAAUUGUGUGUAUAUGCUCAUUUAAAAGAACUGUAUAGUACUCAUGUUACCAUUUUUAGUUACCCUGAAUGAGCUUGCUGUAUUUUGCAAGCGUUUCUGUCAAAGCUGGAUUAUCACUAAGUUAACACAGAAAUUUAUCAAGACUCGAAGCUCACCUGCCACAAGCUUAGUUACUAUGCUAUAGUUCUUAAAGUUUUUUUUUUUUUUUUAAUGGUUGACCAGGUAUGCCUCCCUACAUGGACAAAGCAGCAGAUGGCAAAUCUGCAUUGCCUCAAAAGUUGUGAUAUGUAUACUGGGGAGUAAAAAUGUGUGUUAGUUUAAUGUGUGGAUUAAUAUUCUGUACAGUCUUUGCAGUAUAUUUAAACAAUGGCUUUUUUUUGGAAUUUAAAUAUGCAGACAAAGGGAUGUUCAGAGGAUCACCUUCCCACAGGAUUAUGAUAUGGAACCAGUGUGUGGAAGAAUAUAAAACACAAGUGGACAUUACUAGCUAAUAUUGUAUACAGACAAGUGAAAUAAAACCACCCUUGCAAACAAAAUGUUUGAGUUGCGUUUGUCAUGAAAUGCUCAGUCAUCAAAGUGUGUCACAGGAUCUUGACGCAAGUGACAGGGAGAUGCGCUUCGUGUUGACACACACUGUUGGUGGUUGACGUCUGCACUCAUAAUUACUGU